UCUUCUUAUCCUCCUUUCUCCGUAACAGCAACCAAUACAUCACAUUCUCCUACCUCUCAUUCCAACAUUCUCUCACCUCUCAUUCCACAUUACCACCGCAACGACUAAUUAACGUGACCCACUCCUGUUCGCUCUAAUUCGCACGGCAACCUCCAAAACAAAUUCACACGUCUGCGCAUGAAGUCUACAAUGGCGGAAUCCAGGCAACGCCCGCUAUCCUCCAAGUCUGGCCCGCGGUCUCGGUUCGGGACAGCGCCGCCCUCACCACAGACUUCCAGGAAACAAGUGACACCCACAGUCAAGUCCGAAGGUGACGAAACGCCUGCCGGGAUAAUCACAGCGCCGCGACUCCCUCAUCCUUCCCCGUUGGGUCUUUCUACCGUUGUCGCAAAGCAUGCCCCGCGCCCGAACGGAACCACUCGGACGAAACCCGAUUCUGCGUAUGCGAACACCAAGGCACCGACGACCUCUCCGCUGCCGUUAGCUACUAUCAUGGACGACGACGAUCCCGGAUGGACGCGGGCUGGCCAGCAACUGAGGAAGACCACUAAGCACCCCCGGCGCGACUCAGGCAACAACGCUGCCGGAGCAGCUGCCUCUAGGAUGAGGAGUAGUUCUCCUGCCUACGAACAGUCGGUCGCGGACCCGUACAUCACUCCUGUCAGGUCGAAGAGUCCUGGGGAGAGAAACAACAUAGUCGGUGUUGAAGUCGAUAAUACCGGCGAUCAUAGCACCGCCUCAGAUUCUGGCAGCAGGAAGAGGAAGAGAGCAAGUCUCGGUGCACAAAAGGGCGCCCAGGUCCAGACCACCGAUGGCCACGAUCACAAUCGCCGAACCUCACAGUUGCACAAGCCGAGAGAUCAAUCUACUCAAUCUUCGCGCUCGGAACAGAAGUUGCCAACUUCGAAUUCCCCACUGGGGCACCACCGUCCUAGCUCUGUCGGACGGGAGCCUCCGACUUCGCUGCCGCAGCCACGAUCUACCCCCACCGUACCCGUCGAGGGUGUCGAAAAUGUGCCUAGCGAUCGUCUCGUUGGCAAAGUUCUCCUUGACAGGUACAACAUCAAGAACAUUAACGGAGUUGGGAACUUCUCAACUUGCUACAACGCCUUCGACACGGUCGAAAAAAAGUGGGUCGCCAUCAAACGGUUCUUCCCACAGUGGGCGGGGAUCGGAACUGCCGAAUGGCAUAUUGUCAGCGACUUCAAAUUCUCUUCACGCAUCGUCAGUGCGAUAGAGUGCUUCUGGACGGAGGAUGAUGAAACGGAUGUUUUCCAUAUAGUUAUGGAACCGCUGUGCGCCGACAAGCCGAUCGAACUGCCGGAAUGUGUCUGUGACGAAAAUCACGCGCCGAUUGCCUGCCCCCGCCGGCAUCGCGCGCUCGCCAAGAUUAUGGUCCAGAUUCUUUCCGGAUUGGCCGAAGUUCACGAGUCGGAUAUUAUCCACGCCGACCUGACCCCUUCCAACAUGCUUUCGACGAUGGGUUCGGGUAUGGGUGUCAAGUUGAUUGACUUUUCCAAUGCCAUCAGGAAGGAAGGGUGGGCCGGCUACGAGGAGGAUUACGGCGUGCAGACACCGUGCUACCGUGCUCCCGAGAUGUUGCUCGGUAGUGGCCCGGUCGGCAAGCACAUCGAUAUCUGGAGCGUGGGCAUCAUUGCCCUGCAACUCCUCUUUGGAGAUGACGUUUUCAUUCCUGGCGGCAUUGAAGGGGGCGAGAUAAUGCGGACUCCGCUCGAGGGACGUGACGCGGCAAUUCGACGACUCAUUGACGUCUUUGGCUCCGUGAAGUCUUGCGAGGGCGGCAGGUAUUGGCUCGGAGACUACGUCGGCCUCAGCACUCGUUGGGGCUGGGAGAAGGGAAAGGGCAAAGUCCGCUUAUCCGACCAGGCCGGUGUUCUCGGCGGAUAUCUCGCGCGCACCCAAGAUGUAGGAUUAGCUGCCUGGCUCACGGGAAUGGUCGAGGUGGACUGGAAUCAGCGAUCGACCGUUGAGGACGCCCUCCGAAACCCGUGGCUGGUCGACACGCUUCUGGGCAAUUUUGGCCGUGUUCUGAUGCGUCCUGGGCCGUCUCGCGCCAGGGUGGAUCACGAGGAAGAGGAAGUCCGUCGAAGGGUGAGGAGAAGACUGUCACCAGAGGUUAGAGACUUCGGCACUCAGGCUUUCUCGUCCUCGCACGGACCCCCGUCACCGAAUGCACAACAUGACAAGCUUCACCGGGAUAACUGGAACAGCUUCUCCGAUGAUGCUGAGGAUCUCGACGAUCAGGUGAAUCUCGUGGGCGGUGGGUAGGGAUGAUCGGCCGAGGGUGCCGUGCGCUUGUAGGAUGCGCUUGUGUGAAUGUGAACGUGAAUUUGUUGCGGUUGCGGUUGCUUUGGGGAUUCGGGCGAAAUGGGCGUUAUGGUUGGCAUGACAUGGGAUUGUGAUUUACUUUGACGUAUAGUUUGUGCUUCUUUCUUUCAAUAUUCCGAUU